AUGGCAGUGUUUCGACUUAUUAGAAAUCGUCUCAAACAGCAUUUAUCUCCAGAUGUCAAAGGCGACCCCGAAGCUGACUCUCUUCAGAAUUUAGGCGCUAAGCUUUUCGGUAGGCUGAACCGAGCUGCUCUGAUGGUCUGUGUCGAACAGUUGAAACGAUGCCCUUCAGGACUUGAUCCCGGCUUGUUUCGCUGUCUUGGCUCUGGAGUGGGCUUCCACCAUGCAGGUGCUUUACAUAAAAAUUACAUUAUUACUACCCAAUGUUAUGUCUACUUAGAAUUAAGUGAUGCAGCUUUGUUUUGGGUUUGGUCACAAAGCUCCACCUGCUAUUUAUGA